AUGUUGAAAAUCAUCGUUACUUUAUUGUGUACUGUUGAAGAUAAAGCAAAUGAAAGCGCAGAGAUGGAAUAUCGCCGUUUCAUGAUAUACAGCGAGAAUGUCAAAAAAAUAAACGAUCAUAACAAACGUUAUAAAGCUGGUCUGACAACAUAUCAAAAAGCUAUCAAUAAGUUUACAAAUUGGCUGCCGGAAGAGCUGAGUAGACUUAACGGCGAUCGAAGUGGAAAUUUGAAGUAUUUCUACGUUGAAAGUGUUGAUAAUGUAACUUUUAAUACCGUACAUAAGCCGCUACCACCACAUAUUGAUUGGCGCAAGUUUGGUGCAGUCACACCUGUGAAGGACCAGGGAUAUUGUGGAAGUUGCUGGGCAUUUAGUGCAACAGGUGCUUUAGAGGCGCAACACUUUAUGAAAACGGGAGUUUUGAUACAACUUUCUGAGCAGAAUCUUAUGGACUGCAGUUAUGAAUACGGUAAUGAAGGAUGUGACGGCGGGCUUGCAAUAUUCGCAUAUGAUUAUGUGCAAAACAAUAAUGGAAUUGAUACAGAAGACAAAUAUCCUUACGAAGGAAUUGAUGGUCAGUGCAGGUAUAAUGUGGAAAAUCGAGGAACGACUUGCUUGACAAGUGCAGUACUUACAAGAUAUAAUGAAGUUCAACUUCAAGCUGAUAUCGUCGAUAAGGGCCCAAUAGCGGUUUCUAUCGAUGCAUCUUACAUUUCUGAUUAUGAUACAGGCAUUUUUGAAUCAAGUGAAUGUUCCACAUUUCCAAAUCAUGCUGUUCUCGUAGUUGGUUAUGGAAGUGAAGAAGUUGUAAAGAAGGAUAAAAAAGUUAAAAAAGAUUAUUGGAUUAUUAAAAAUAGCUGGGGAAGAAACUGGGGCGAAAACGGAUAUCUUAGACUUGCUCGUAAUGAAAACAAUAUGUGUGGUGUUGUAACUCGUCCAAAUGUCCCUUACAUACAAGAUAAAUUAAACCUAAAAUUUACUGAAUAA